CCGACGUUCGGACGGGUGGCCAAGGCGGCGGCGGCGCGUCGAGCGGCCUAGUCUCGCGGGGAGGCCCGGUGGGCGCGGGGUCGCCGCCGGGGACUGAGGCCUGUGCUCGCGCGUAGGCGCUGACCCGGCGGGGCAGUGAGCGGGCCGCGGCCUGGGCGGCGGGGCCUCCUGCGGACCGCCGGCCGCCGUGCCCUCGAUGGGAGCCGAGCGGUGGACGCGGUAGGAGGCGGCGGCGACCCGCUCGCCAGCACAGGUGCAUGCGGCGCCGCAGCGAUGGACGCCCUGGAGGAAGAGAGCUUUGCCCUGUCCUUCUCCUCCGCCUCUGAUGCAGAAUUUGAUGCUGUGGUUGGAUGUUUAGAGGACAUUAUCAUGGAUGACGAGUUCCAGUUAUUACAGAGAAAUUUCAUGGACAAGUACUACCAGGAGUUUGAAGACACAGAAGAGAACAAACUCACCUACACACCCAUUUUCAAUGAAUAUAUUUCUCUGGUAGAAAAGUAUAUUGAAGAACAGCUGCUGGAGCGGAUCCCUGGAUUCAACAUGGCCGCUUUUACAACAACUUUGCAGCACCAUAAAGAUGAAGUGGCUGGCGACAUAUUCGACAUGCUGCUUACAUUUACGGAUUUCCUGGCUUUUAAAGAAAUGUUUCUGGACUACAGAGCAGAAAAGGAAGGCCGGGGACUGGACUUAAGCAGUGGCUUGGUGGUGACAUCCUUAUGCAAAUCAUCUUCUACACCAGCGUCCCAGAACAAUCUGCGACACUAGGCCCCAGCCCCACACAACAGAUGGGGUCAUUCUGGAUGUCACCACCCCAACAGGCUGAGAGAUUUCAUCUAUGAUGACAGAAGUGUGCAUCUCAGAAAGGUCAGCUGUUCUGCAGCCCCUCAUUCAUGUUAAGUAUUGAUGGGUCACAGACAACAUGACCUGACCCUCCUGGACCUGUUUCUCCUCAAAUACCUUCUUGUAUUCAGUCACCCUAGUGCUCCUCCCCCUUCCCCUGUAGACACCUCUCAGACGCUGUGAACCAGACUGCUGCAGAGCAAGCCCAUGUCAGCUGUCCCACCUGCGGUCCCUUCCCCAGCCAAUAUGUUGCUGCAUCAGCAGUGUGGAGGAGCCUACCAUCACGAACCCUUUAUCCCAGCAGGCUUUGCAUGAAUCUGUGCAUACGCUCACAGCUCUUUCUUACCUGGGUCAGAGCAUCAGUGGGGUUUGUGGGAGUAUUUACCUAGGGGUUGCUCAUGCCAGCUGUCCUAAGGUUCCUGAAUCUCCUAUGGUCGCAGUUUGUGUUGACCGUAGGCAUCAACUGAGAGAGUCUUCUACCUAAAAGCUACAUGUGAAAAUUGACUCCUAGUCGUAAAAUUGCAGUCCUUGUUACACUGUCUUCUGCAGGACCUGAUGUAAUCCCACUGUUUCUAGAAAUCUCUUUUAAGCAUUAUUUUCAAAAAAAUAUUUUUAUAGAUAAAAACUCAGGCUAACCUAGUGGAUAUGAUCUUGGAACUUCCAUGAUUACCCACAUAAAGAUCAAAGUAUUAUAUGCUAUGUGCUUUUUAGUUGUUAGAGCUAUGAAGGCAAAAAUGCUUUCUACAUUGAUGUAUCUCUUUUGUUGGGCACCGGUAAGCAUAGGCUGUGUGCUAGAAGUAAACUAGAAGCUAUCCUGUUGUUACAGCAUAUAACAUAGAGUGUGUGCACAUUUGCUUCCGUAUAAGCCAGUUUGUUGGGUUUCCUGUUGGGGUAGGUAGGGACCCUGCAGUUUCUUCCUAUCAAAAAUCUCUUCCACCAAGAUGGUGCUCCACUGGUGUAGCUGAGUGUGAAGAGGGAGCAGAGGACAGCCUUGCUGGUCUCCUGUCAGCUUUGGUUUAGUACAGUGAUUGACUAUGACCAACCAGAAAACCCACAGAAAAACAAGUCAGUUCACACUGUGCACUUUCGACUUUACUUUUCUCAGUAAAGAUAAGAGUUGUACUGACUUUAGUGGCUAGUCCAGUUUUAAAGGAUGAGCUAUAAGCUAAGCUAUGUGUUUUUCUAUAGUGAUACCACUUAGUACUUUUGUAACAUGAGUAAAAUUUGAGGUGUUUUGCAAGAACCAUCAUUCUACUUGAGUAGUUCCUUUUUUAUAUACCCAGCACCAUCUGGUUAUCUAAACCAAAGACCCUCUCACAUCCAGCUUUGUAAAUGCCACCAAUCCUGGCUCCUCGUCCUUCUGCUCCUUUUCUAAGUGAGACUGCCUAUCAUCGGCCCAGGGUGGAAACAUGGGGUCAACCUGCCCGGUGGAAACAGACAAGCGAUCAAAUGCAGAGAUGAAAUACUGAGAUCCACGAAGGAAUGCAAAUUGUUCUUUCAUCCUUUCUACUCAGUUGUAGCUUAAUGUUCCAAGUAGGUUUGCUGAUCUUUUAAAAUAAACUAGAAACUCCUCUCUUAAGACUACCCGGGGGUGUAAGUUGACCUGCCAUUCUGGCCCAGCCUUGGAAAGUGGCUGUCUGUGCUACCACUGAGGACUUCUCACCCAUGGGAAGCAGUGCUCACCUGAGCUGCAGCGGCUGUAAUGUCAGCCUGAAGUGCGCCGUUUUAGGGUAUCACACACCUGACAAGAAGGGUGGACUCUCUCCCUUACCUAGAAUUUUGUUUUCUCUGAGUCUCAAAAUGAGUCGCUUUUUCUAGCAAGCACAAGGCCCUGGGUUCAAACCUCAGUACUGCCACACACACACAAAAGAAAAUGGGCUGCUCUUCCUUAAAACCAACCUUUCCUUACAGCUUAAUCCUGGAAUGACUAGAAUUUAUUCAAACUCUAAUACUUGUGAAUAUAUAAUAUUAACGGGUGCCGUUAAUAUUUACAAGCCGGGUGCCAGUGGUUCACAUCUGUGAUCCUAGCUACUCUGGAGGCUGAGAUCAGGAGGAUAGAAGUUCGAGGCCAGCCCAGGC